AUGACGAUAUCAGCCAUAGGAGCAGGGAAAGGUGGCGGGGUGUUGGAGAAGCCAGUCAUAGAGAAAACAACUCCUGGCCGUGACUGCGAGUUUGACUUGAGGUUGAGUUCUACCAGCGCGGAGAGGAAUUACCAUGGAGAGACGCAGGUAUUGGUGGAAACAGCGAGAAACUCCAACCACGGAGGCAGGAACGUUGGAGAAGACAGGGAUGAUUUACCCCUCGCCAGCCAAGGAACGUGA